AAUAUUAACCGAGGCCUCCUAUGCUUGGGAAAUGUGAUAAGUGCUCUUGGAGAUGACAAAAAGGGUGGCUUUGUGCCAUACAGAGAUUCCAAGUUGACUCGACUGCUUCAAGAUUCUCUGGGAGGUAAUAGCCAUACUCUUAUGAUAGCUUGUGUGAGUCCUGCUGACUCCAAUCUCGAGGAAACAUUAAAUACCCUUCGCUAUGCUGACAGAGCAAGAAAAAUCAAGAAUAAACCUAUUGUUAAUAUUGAUCCCCAGACAGCUGAACUUAAUCAUCUAAAGCAACAGGUACAACAGCUACAGGUCUUGUUGCUACAAGCCCAUGGAGGUACCCUGCCUGGAUCUAUAAAUGUGGAACCAUCAGAGAAUCUACAAUCCCUGAUGGAGAAGAAUCAGUCCCUGGUAGAGGAGAAUGAAAAAUUAAGUCGUGGUCUGAGCGAGGCAGCUGGUCAGACAGCCCAGAUGUUGGAGAGGAUCAUUUUGACAGAGCAAGUGAAUGAAAAAAUGAACGCCAAGCUAGAAGAGCUCAGACAGCAUGCAGCCUGCAAACUGAAUCUUCAAAAGCUAGCGGAGACUUUGGAAGACCAGGAAUUAAAAGAAAAUGUAGAGAUAAUUCGUAACCUGCAGCAAAUGAUUACCCAGCUAUCGGAUGAAACUGUUGUUUGCAUGGCUGUAGCCAUUGAUACUGCAGUGGAACCAGAAGCUCAAGCAGAAACCAGUCCAGAGGUCAGCAGGUCUUCUGAUGCUUUCACCACUCAGCAUGCUCUACGUCAAGCUCAGAUGUCUAAGGAGCUGGUUGAGUUGAAUAAAGCCCUUGCACUGAAAGAGGCCCUAGCUAGGAAGAUUACCCAGAAUGACAGCCAACUACAGCCCAUUCAAUUCCAAUACCAGGAUAACAUUAAAAAUCUAGAAUUGGAAGUCAUCAGUCUGCAAAAGGAAAAGGAAGAAUUGGUUCUUGAACUUCAGACAGCAAAGAAAGAUGUCAACCAAGCAAAGUUGAGUGAGCGCCGCCGCAAACGUCUCCAGGAGCUGGAGGCUCAAAUAGCUGAUCUGAAGAAAAAACUGAAUGAACAGUCCAAACUUCUGAAGCUGAAGGAAUCCACAGAGCAUACUGUCUCCAAACUAAACCAGGAGAUAUGGAUGAUGAAAAAUCAGCGGGUACAGUUAAUGCGUCAGAUGAAAGAGGAUGCUGAGAGGUUUAGACAGUGGAAGCAACAAAAAGACAAAGAAGUAAUCCAGUUAAAAGAACGUGACCGUAAGAGGCAAUAUGAGCUGCUGAAACUUGAAAGAAACUUCCAGAAACAGUCCAAUGUACUCAGACGUAAAACUGAGGAGGCAGCAGCUGCCAACAGGCGUCUCAAGGAUGCUCUCCAAAAACAACAGGAGGUCGCAGAUAAGCGGAAAGAGACUCAGAACCGUGGAAUGGAAGGCACUGCAGCUCGAGUGAAGAAUUGGCUUGCAAAUGAAAUUGAGGUUAUGGUCAGUACUGAGGAAGCCAAACGCCAUCUGAAUGACCUUCUUGAAGACAGAAAGAUCCUAGCUCAGGAUGUGGCUCAACUCAAAGAAAAAAAGGAAUCUGGGGAGAAUGCACCUCCUAAACUCCGGAGGCGCACAUUCUCACUUGCUGAAGUGCGUGGUCAAGUUUCGGAGUCAGAGGAUUCUAUUACAAAGCAGAUUGAAAGCCUAGAGACUGAAAUGGAACUCAGGAGUGCUCAGAUUGCUGACCUACAGCAGAAGCUACUGGAUGCAGAAAGUGAAGACAGGCCAAAACAACGCUGGGAGAAUAUUGCUACCAUUCUGGAAGCCAAGUGUGCUCUGAAAUAUUUAAUUGGAGAGCUGGUCUCCUCCAAAAUACAGGUCAGCAAGCUUGAAAGCAGCCUGAAACAGAGCAAGGCCAGCUGUGCUGACAUGCAGAAGUUGCUUUUUGAGGAAAGAAAUCAUUUUGCUGAGAUAGAGACGGAGUUGCAAGCUGAACUGGUCAGAGUGGAGCAACAGCACCAAGAGAAGGUACUGUACCUUCUCAGCCAGCUGCAGCAAAGCCAAAUGGCAGAGAAGCAGCUAGAGGAGUCAGUCAGUGAAAAGGAAAAGCAGCUGCUGAACACACUAAAAUGUCAGGAUGAAGAACUUGAAAAGAUGCAAGAAGUGUGUGAGCAAAAUCAGCAGCUUCUCCGAGAGAAUGAAAUCAUCAAGCAGAAACUGACCCUCCUCCAAGUAGCCAGCAGACCGAAACCUCAUCUUCCUAAGGAUACCCUUUUGUCUCCAGACUCUUCUUUUGAAUAUAUCCCACCUAAGCCAAAACCUUCCCGUGUUAAAGAAAAGUUUCUGGAGCAAAGCAUGGACAUCGAGGAUCUAAAAUAUUAUUCAGAGCAUUCUGUGAAUGAACAUGAGGAUGGUGAUGGUGACGGUGACGAUGGGGAUGAUGAGGAAUGGAAGCCAACAAAAUUAGUUAAGGUGUCCAGGAAGAACAUCCAAGGGUGUUCCUGCAAGGGCUGGUGUGGGAACAAGCAGUGUGGGUGCAGGAAGCAAAAGUCAGACUGUGGCAUGGACUGCAGCUGUGACCCCACAAAAUGUCGGAACCGCCAGCAAGGCAAGGAUAGCUUGGGUGCUGUUGAACGGAUCCAGGAUUCCGAAGGCUCCUUCAAACUGGAGGAUCCCACAGAGGUGACCCCAGGAUUGAGCUUCUUCAACCCCGUCUGUGCCACUCCCAACAGCAAGAUCCUGAAAGAGAUGUGUGAUGUGGAGCAGGUGCUGUUAAAGAAGACUGAUCCAGCUUCCUCCUCCUUUGACUUCCCAGAGUUGAAACAUGGGGCAACAGAAUUCCAAGAAAGUAAGGCUCCAGGGAAGAAAAAGAAACGAGCUCUGGCCAGCAAUACCAGCUUCUUCUCUGGCUGCUCCCCUAUUGAAGAAGAGGGCCACUGAUGUUGGAGUCAUCAUCUCUACCCCAGUCUGGCUUGAGACAUGCUUUGAGGUUGCAGCCAGAAGGGUUCUUUAAUGACUUCUCUGGAUUUCAAGUUUCUUGCUGUUGAAAAAAGGGACAAAGUGUUACUGAAAGGAAGGGAACCUUUGUUGGAUAUUAGCCCUCAGUCCUCAGCCCCAGACUACUACUUUCUCUUUUCCAGAAGGGUGCUAAGCCCCUUACUGAAGAGAGAACCAAUUGACCUUCCUAAUGACUCAUCAGGAACCAGUCCCCAGUACCAUCUAGCUGUCCCUUAUUUGUUAGCAGUUAAGGCUGUCCCCUCAUGGGGAUGAGGCUGAGGCUUUCUUGUCUCAGCUUAAUGGAGGAGCCUGGACUAGGAUAGAGGCCUGGCUCGGAUCCUUCACCCCACCUCAGAAAUGGGGUCUUGAUCUUUCCUGCCUGACCUUCUCUAGAUUUAAGUGUUUUAACAAUACCAUCAGUUGUCUUCCAUGUUACUGAAGUAAAUGAAUUAUUUUUAAAUGUUAAGUAAAUAAAUAAACCUUAGCCUAUCUACUAGUGUUCAGGAAGAUCCUUCUGUACUAGAGGGAGAAAUAAAAUUUCAACCUGUGUUCCUCAGACCCUGGGGAAGCUAUUAAGGAGAUUCAUCGCAAG